AAAAUCCCCAUGCCAGUCCCCGCGCGGCCCUUGUGCCCAUAUCGACCAAGUAUCCCUCCCCUUCUCCUACUCUCCCCCGUAUCCCUCCCCUUCUCCUGCUCUCCCUCCCAGCGGCGGCCGCCUCAUCGGCGGCGAGCCUCGUCGGAUGCGCUCCUCGACGGCGUCGGGUACCUCCCCGCGCGGCCCUUGGGCCAAGAAGGACACCAUCGACAAGGUGUGCGGGAUCGUCAAGAAGGAGCUGGUCGUCGCCCAAGACACCCUCGUCAACGGGGACACAAAGUUCGCCGACCUCGGCGCAGAUUCCCUCGACACGAGAAUUAAAGAAAUUGUGUGUGCAGCUGAGCUGAGGCUCGAUAAGGUGUCGCUUUGGUUGGUUCUGUCUCGCUCGAAUCGCCUUGGCCUGUUAAAAAGCGCUCCACAGCGCCUCCAAACUCCAAGCCUCCAACGUACACGACCCUCAGCAUCCGAUCGACCAACGACGGUGGUUCGGUUACUACAGUGUCACAGACUAGUCGUGCUACCUUCUAAGUGGUUACUAAUUGUAGCAAAAGAAUGGAUGGUUAUAUACCUGCUCAUUUUACAGCCAUCGCCUAUGCUCUCUCGCCCUCUUCGAUGAGGCGACGUCUCCCUGCUCCUUCCACGGCAUGACGGCAGUGCACUGCAUCGUGUAAAGCACCCCCAUGCUGCCCCUAGUUUGAUUCCUCCCAAGAGCGGAUCUGUGCCAAAGAGCAACUUUUCUUGCUCACACGGAUAACGGCCACUGGCUGCUCCACAACAACGACAAGCACGACGGCCUUAACGAAGUUGUCCACCGUCGACACCGAAGAGCAAGCCCGCCUUCUCCAGACUUGCAUGACGGGAGGGGAGGGAGUGGCCACUGCCUCGUUCACACAACAAGCCACUGACACCGAAGAGCAAGCCCGCCUUCCCAAGAGUUUGCAAAGGAGCUUUACGUUCAGGGCAUGGUUGUUUGCAGAGAAUGGCGGACACUACUUUGAUCCUUUGACAGAUAGUUCUUCAUAAUGUGAUAGUGUAUAGGCCUUCUUCCUGGGACCUACUGCUCAACUACUGCACUCCUUGGCUGCUACCGACCAAAAAUUUUACAAAUCUGUCUACAUGUUUUGUUUCUAUAUAUUUACAAAUAUCCUAUCAAUCCAUUUUUAAAA